UCAACAGCGGUUCUAAAAAUGCGACUUACUUGGCUGUCUUUAUUUUGGGUUUCUCUGAGCUCAGCUCAGAACCUAUUUAUUCCUAAAAAUUAUUGCGGUAGUUUCUUUCAAUAUGCCCCAGCAGCGUCUGAUGGGCAUUAUAUGGGCAUUUUUACUGCACCCUCUAAUUCAAAUUUAAAGUUCAACUGGGAAGCGACGUUUGUAAUUAAAGAACAUCGUGGGAUCUUUGUUAGCUCCCUGAUGCCGUAUCACAACGAAGAGGAUUCUGCAUCUAGCAUACCAUAUACCAAGAAGGCUCAGGUAUUUGUAAGCUUUCUGAAUAUCAACAACGAGCUGCCAAAACUGAUACUAUUGACUUUAAAUGGUUGGACGCUGUGUAGUAAUGAAGGAUACGGUCCUAAUUCUACUACACAGACUGUAAAAUACACAAUGGAUCAAAAUAAGAUCCCACCAUAUCCUAUUACUACGCAAGCUCCCCGAAAAGUAAGCCAACCGAUUCCCAUCGAAACCAUGGACUAAUACGGUUUUGUGGAAUUCAACGGAACACUGAUAUUGAUAAUAACAUAUGUUGAUAAGAAAAGCUGUUUUUGAAAUUAUAAAAGCUUUGUUGUAAAGGUUUUUCAAAGCUCAGACUCUCAGAAAAGUACAAAAAGUUUAUUUAUGGUUUCAAAAUAUGUAAUGGAAAUUAUUUAAUUCUAUCUGAAAAUGGAAAUGUCAGUAAGUAACUAUAACAACACCUUCUAUUUUUGUAAAGUUUUCUGACACAUCACUGAAAGCCUCAAUAAACACAUGUUAUUAAAGAAAAGAAA